AUGGCAUGGUACUCCAUCCUCCCAGCCGACUUCUUCUACGUCGAGAGCUGGGCCGCCCGCGUCUUUGUCUUCCUCGGCCUCGUCACGAUCUUCCCCUGGGCCGCGCUCCUCCUCUUCGACCUGGCCCUGUACCUCUGGCGAAUGGUGAUAUACGAGAUCCCCGUGGUCGGCGGCCGCGCGCGGGGCAUGCAGCGGCCGCAUGCGCCGAGUCUGAACGAGCGGGCGGACGCGCCGCGACAGGUGUUGGGGUUGGCCGGGUAUGACGAUGGAGAGAGGGGGAAGGGUGAGGGAGUGAAACGGCGCAAUCCGAGGGAGGAUGCCGAGUGA